GGAAGGAGUUAGGUCUCGGUUGUGGGAUUUUUUUUUUUUAAGUCAGACACAGACACAGCUGUUGAGCAAAAUGCAGACUCCACAGAAAACCCAGCGCCUCAGACCCUUCAAGCAAAGGAAGAGUUUAGCAACCAGACAAGAGGAAGUUGCUGGAAUCCGGGCAAAGUUCCCAAACAAGAUCCCGGUGAUAGUGGAACGCUACCCCCGGGAGAAGCUCCUGCCUCCGCUUGACAAGACCAAGUUCCUGGUUCCUCAGGAGCUGACCAUGAGCCAGUUCCUCAGCGUCAUCCGGAGCCGCCUGGUCCUUGGGGCCACUGAAGCCUUUUAUCUGCUGGUGAACAACAGGAGCCUGGUCAGCAUGAGUGUGACCAUGGCAGAAGUCUACAGGGACUACAGGGACGAGGACGGCUUCGUGUACGUGACCUACGCCUCCCAGGAGAUGUUCGGCUGCUCGGGGUCAGGGCGGACCCCGCCAUCCUCUCCAGGGCGAGUCAAGAACCCGUCCUCUGAUGCGUGGAGGGACGGCCCGCCUCCCGGGUGUGAGUGGCGGGCGGCCCAGUGAGCAGGGCUACCCCGCAGCGAUGGGCCCCCAGCGCCACAGGAAGGCCUGGCCGCCCCUGUGUCUUUAUGGGGCCCCCUGAGCUUGUGUGCUCGGAGACAGUGGGGUGGCUCUCGGGGAUUCCGUGCCUGCUAAGUCUUUCCUGAGUAGGCAAUGGUGAGCGUGUGUGAUGGUUUUGUGCGGAGAGCUGGAGAUGGAUUUCACGCGUCUUCUGUGGGGGAAGCGGCAGGCCCCCGUGGGGCGGGAUCCCACGUGUGCGCGGUCACAGGGAACCUUGGGCUGUGGACGGGUCCCUGUGGAGCCCCCUCGGAGCCGGUGUGAUUCAGCUCAUCUGGGAGCGGGGGGCUUCUCUGUGUCCUUACGAGAUGAUCCUUGCAUUUCAGCGUUCGUCCGACUUGCUUAUUUCCUCCUCGAGUGUGUUUUGUGUGUCUGUGCCGUACGGAUUUAUGCCAAAGGUGUGACUGCUCGAUAUAAAGUCAUUUAACUCUGCAUGUUUGCUACGUGCCCGGCCCCCCGUCCCGGUGCCUCACCAGAACCCUCUAUGGCUAAUUACACUGUGAGGAAACGGAGGCCCAGAAAGGUCACAGAGAAUUUCCAAAUUCACACCACAAGGUCUGCUGGGAUGUGAGCCGGGGAGUCUGGCUUUGGAAGCUGCCCGCACUUCUCGCUCCGUGCGAGGUCCCCCAUCUGAGAAGGUUAGUCUGUGAGUUCCAGCUGGCUGCCCGAGCCCCGGAGCCCAGGUUCACCAGCUUAGCCCAUGGGGGAGACUUGUGAAGUGGGGAGCGCAGCAGAGCUUGGCAAACGAGGGACGGAGGGUGCUUGGCUUAAAAGCAGCAGCGCAGGGCUUUGCGGGGUGUUGGGUUUGAGCUGGAUUUUGAAGCACAGAUAGGAGUUUGUCUGGAAAGGAAUUUUAUCUAUACUCAACGUACAUUUACUGAGCACUUACUCAAUGGUAAGCGCUAUUCUAGGUCGCAGAAAUACAACAUUAGCCAAGACAGGGAAGGUCCCAGCCCUCAGGAGUCACCUCAGUUCCAGGGAGGGAAGAAAGACAAUGUUCAAGAUGAGUUUUGAUGCUUGUAAGUACAAUAAAGAAAAACAAAACGAAACAGAAGGUGAUUAGCAGAUUUAAUCCUUUCUGUAGGAUGGCCAGAGAGCUUCUGGGAGGGAAGAACUUGCACUUGGACCCGAAGGAUGGCCAGGAGCCAGUGUGGAGGCUGAGCCUGGCAGCCAGGGAGGGAAGGUGGCCAAGCAGGUGCACACACCUGAGCUUUACCCCCAGAGAGGGUACCGGGGCGGUGGCCGCCGGGAAGGGGAGAGAGAAGUCAGGCAGGGGCCAGGUCUAUAGGGUCCGCUUUGCUAAGAUGUUUGGAGUUGGUUUUAAGGUCGCUAAGUGGGAAAGGAGAAGCAUUCUAACUGGAGAGAGAGGCUCAGGGAGGGUGUGACCCCCCCAACUCGGUCCCCAGCAUCACGGAGCUGGCCUGGGUCCUCCACUCACUCCCAGGAUCCUUCUGCUCCAGGCUGCUUUUCCUGACUCAUAGGCAGCCAGCCUGCCCUCUCUCCUGCCCCCGGCUGUCCUUUCCCUGCCCAGCUUGCCCGCUCUACGGCUCUACUCACUUCCUCUAACACCCACUCAUCGCGUCCUCUUUGCCAUCUGCCAAGUAAAACAGUGCCUCCAGACUUGAUCUCGACAGAUCCUGUUGCUUCACCUUGAGCGAUGAAUCUUCUUCCUGAAUGAGUCCACGUCCCAGGAUUGACUCUGAGCUUGAUGACAGGUGGUUGGCCCUGGACAGCCACCUGACUGCUGGUGCCCAGGGCUGGUGCCCCUGCUCUCAGCCUUACCCACUUCCGUGCCCGCUCCUGAAUCCAGCUUCUAAGACUAUCAUCAUGCUGGGUCAUAGUUGCAUGAGCUGUUGUGUUCCAUUCGGUCCCCAAGACCUUUCGCAAUAUGGCUUCCCUCCUGCGUCGACCUCUGGCUGCCUUGUUUGUGGUGGGCAGUGCUCGGUGUCCUGCUGCUGUCUAACCAACCAGACGAAAUUCAUAGGUGGCAUAGAACCAUCCAGCUUGUUUACACUCAUGGCAUCUGUGGGUAAGGGUUUCAGAGAGUGCUCAGGGCCACAGCUUGUCUCUGCUCUCUGACGUCUGGGGACUCAGCUGGGAGACUCGAAAGGCUGGGGGUGACUUCAACACCUGGGAGCUGGGAUUAUCCAGAGGCUUCUUCAGUCUCUCAUCUGACCCCUGGGCCCGAACGACUCAAAGCUGGGCCCAGCCGAGACUGGAGGGGCUCCAUGGGGCCUCUCUCAGCCUGGGUUCCCAGAUGGCCGUCCCCAGAAGGAGCAGCGGGAGGUCAUGCCCUCCAAGGAACCAAGAUGGCAGCUGACCUCUCCGUAGGUGAUGAAUCUCAAUUGAUUUUGGUCGGGAUUUUUUUUUCUUCUUUAUUUUCUUCACAUUUACUCAGAUGCAUAAAAUUAAUUGGCAAUGUGUCCCUUGAUAAAAUAUGACCACUUUUCUGUUAUGGUAUUCAUCAUUUCCUAUUGGUUUUUAUGAGUUCACAAAGUUGAGUAAUUCACCCUUUGUAUGCCAUGGGUAUUAAAAUAAUUACCCAUUUCUUGUUGGUCCUGUUGAUGGCAGUCUUUCUCACGUAGCUGCUUUUUAUCCUUAUGCAAUCUUUUCCUUGUGGAUUCUGAGUUCGUGCUCUCAGUAGACAGUCUCCCACCUGCACGAUUAUAUACAAUGUAUACCCACCCUGUGUUUACUCCUAGGACCAAGGAUUUCACUUUGUUUACAUUUAAGUAUUGGAACCAACUGGAAUUUAUUUUGACAACAGAAGAAUGCAUGCAGGUUCCAUUUUUCCCAAAUACCUAACCAAGUCUCGCAUACGCUUUUAAUAAAUUAUC